AUGGUAGUUAUAGAAGAAACACCUGAAUUAAACGCAUCUAUUGAUCAAGUAAAAAACAAUGUUGUCAUCGAAGGAACUAUAGAGUGCAUAGCAGUGGAUGUGUGUCACAAAUCGAACGGUGUCGUCGAUAUUUGUAAAGCUGGACAGGCUAAAGAAGACAAUGUUAUAACAGAAAUGUCAACUGAAUCUGUUAUAGAAGUUUCUAAUACAGAAUCAUCGUCAGUUGAAGUUAAUAAAGAAGAGACAUCAGUAUUACAAUUAAGUAAAGAAAUAUUAGCAGUUCAAGUAAAUCAUACAGAUUCAUCCAAUAAAGAUAAAGUCAAGUUUAAGACUGAAAUACUAGUUGAAAAAAAUGAUCAUGAUAUUAAUGAAAAUGACUUAUAUGGCACAAACUCUGAUGAACAUGCUACUAAUAAUAUUUUGAGUGAAUUGGGGCAAAGUAUAGAACUAAGUGAAGCCUCAAGAUCAUCUGAUGUCAAUGAUCAUGUGGAAAGUAACAAUUGUACUGGGCGGCAAGAAGUCUUUAACAAAGAGGAACUGUUAGAUAUUUUGCAAGGAAAUGAUGUAAAAUCUUCUGACAAAGAAGUAGUUGAAUGA